CUGACAACCGCCGUGGAAAAAAGUUACUCUGAGUUCGCGUACACACUGCCAACAUGUCUGGAGAUGACGAGACACAGGAGCAGACCAUCGCUGAUGACUUGGUGGUCACCAAGUAUAAGAUGGGGGCCGAGAUUGCCAAUCAGGCUCUGAAGACAGGUGGUUGGGGCCGCUAUGACUGGAGUCUCCGUUCUCAGCCUUUGUGAAAAGGGAGAUGCCUUCAUCAUGGCAGAAACUGGGAAAAUUUUCAAGAAAGAAAAAGACAUGAAGAAGGGUAUCGCUUUUCCUACUUGUGUGUCAGUUAACAACUGUGUAUGUCAUCACUCUCCUCUGAAGAGUGACCCUGAAGUCAUACUGAAGGAUGGGGACAUUGUCAAAAUUGAUCUUGGUGUGCACGUUGAUGGCUUCAUCUCAAAUGUGGCUCACACCUUUGUUGUUGGAGUGACCAAGGACAACCCACUGACCGGACGCAAGGCGGACGUUCUCAAAGCAGCUCACCUCUGUGCUGAGGCUGCUCUGCGUCUUGUGAAGCCAGGAAACCAGAACUCACAGGUCACAGAAGCCUGGAACAAGAUUGCAAAGUCAUUCAAGUGCUCUCCUAUUGAAGGCAUGCUGUCCCAUCAGCUCAAACAACAUGUGAUCGAUGGGGAGAAAACUAUCAUCCAAAACCCAACAGACCAGCAAAAAAAGGACCAUGAGAAGGCUGAGUUUGAGGUGCAUGAGGUAUAUGCAGUGGAUGUUCUUAUCAGCACUGGAGAGGGAAAGGCAAAGGAUGGAGGUCAGAGGACCACCGUGUACAAACGAGACCCAAACAAGGUGUACGGCUUAAAGAUGAAGACAUCUCGGACAUUCUUCAGUGAGAUGGAGAGGCGCUUUGAUACAAUGCCUUUCACUCUGAGAGCGUUUGAGGAUGAAGCCAAGGCCAGGUUGGGCGUGGUGGAGUGUGCCAAACACGAGCUGCUGCAGCCAUUCAACGUGCUGCAUGAGAAAGAGAGUGAAGUUGUUGCCCAGUUCAAAUUCACCGUGCUGCUCAUGGCCAAUGGACCUCUGCGAAUCACAAACAGUCUCUUUGAGCCAGAACUCUACAAGUCUGAGCAUGAAGUGGAGGACGCAGAGCUGAAGACUUUGCUUCAAAGCUCAGCCAGCCGUAAGACUCAGAAGAAGAAGAAAAAGAAGGCUUCAAAGACUGUUGAGACUGCAACCGGACAGGCAAUGGAGACUGAAGCUGCAGAAUAAAUUUCUCUGACAGACAUCUGAUGACCCAAAGAACAGACGUCAUGAAUCCUUCUGUCCCAGCUGUCUGAGGCACUUGCGGGCAUAGCCGCUGUGAAUACCUCUGAAUCUAACUGAUGUCAGUCUGGGAUGAUGCUGCUCCUAAAUUCUGUCACUCCACCUAUAACACAAACAUACACACGUAAAUCCCAUUGUCCUUGAGACAGCCUUCUCCUCUUAACAGUGGACAAUUCUGCUAUAAAAGAGGAUGUUUUGUACAAGGGCAUAACUCACUGGAACAUUUAACCAUUCGACUGACUUUGAGCCUUUGUCCCUUUCUCCACAAUAACUGUAGUGAAAGAUAUGGAAAAUAAAAUGAGUUUGACAGAGCGGCCACGGAUGAUGAAUGCACAAUUCUGUGUCAGCGUAAUUGUGUUGCAUAUGGAUAACUUCCUUGAGGUCAUAAACCUGAAGCCAUGCAUUUUGAAAUGAGUGUUAACUUGUCGUGGGCAAAAUUGUAUUACACCCAUUUUGAACCCUGAAGUUGAAGCAUGACAUUAUUAUUAUUAUUGAUUGACAUUAGUCAUUGUUGUUGAAUUCAGCAUAAAUUCUGCAUUUAUACUUCUCUCGCUUAGUCCGUCUACUAGUACAUUGUGUACACUUCUAGGAAUCUACUGUAGGUUACUCAGCUACCAAUUUCUAACACUGACAAUUUAAGACCUUCUAGUUGGGUAAUUUAACUAGUAAAACAUUUCUCAGUUGUGGAUGGUCUAACUUGCCAAGGGUUCAGCAUUCAGUCUUCUGGUGCCACCAUCGAGUCUGACAGUCUGUGUUUACAUAAGAAUUCCAUACCUGUUAGAUAUAUGGAUGCUUUUGUAAAACAAAUCCCAGUUUCAGAGACUAUUUUUGGAAACAUUAAAAAGCCACCUGACAUCA